AUGAAGGACGCAGCAACAUUCCAUCGCGAUCUCAUCAGUGAGCACCAGCGCGUGGCGUACGAAUUCAGACGACUCCAUCACCUCCCUACGACGUACCGACACUGGGCAUUGCAGCCCUCCGAAAUCGAAGACUCGAAAAUCAUUAAUCACAUCCACGAGCUUGAGUUUAUGCUUGCAGCUAUCGACAAAAAGAUUCAUAUCGCGUGCGAAGCCUACAACAUAGCAGUGUGCCGUCAAGUCAGCGAAUCUUUACUCCAGAAGCUCCCGCGCGAGCUACGUAACUUGGUGUAUCGGUACAUCACCACGGAAUCUGUCACCGUCAACGAUCCUAACUGUGACAUCCUUCGGAUCACACAAGAAGAGUUCCCUUAUUUCGUCAACGAACCUCGAUCCAAGCGCGAUCCCCUCUGCUGGUCCCACUUCUGGCGCGAUGAUGUCUUAGGUAAACAAUUCGCAAUCGAACUUGUCGAGAGCUGGUACCGAUAUACCAAAUUCAAUUUUUCCCGCCGCCUGGGCAGCAUGCCGCAAUACUUCCUCCACCAAGACCGCUUCAACAUGGGUCUCCAUCCCCAUGCACUGGUGACUGAUAUCACCAAAUCGAUAGCAGUAAACCAUCUUUUCUGCAAGUCAGCCGAAGUACGGGAACGGGUCGCUCAAGAUCUGGAGUUGUUCAGCUGCCUCUGCCCGAAGGCUAAGCUACAGGUGAAACUCUACUGGCAGCUUACUGUCAAUACUAUGGAGGGUCGCAACAACAUGAAGGAAGGCCUGAAAUCCUUUACUCGGCCUAUAUGCCUCCUGAAGAAAGUUGGCAUACAUGUGACGGUGUCGCUCAUUGAAGACACUACGUGGGAAAACCGAUAUGAGCUUCAGCAUAAGGAGGCGAUGAUACAAGCUUGGUUGAGUGAGGUAGAAGCAGAGCUGCAAGCUACCUAGGCAGGAAACAUAGUCAGCAGGAUGCGAG